AAAAUGUUAAGACACUGUGAGAACACAAGGCGGCGCUGCAGGAUAAGAAAGUAAAACCUAGAAGGCAGUUGUGGUUCCAUUAAUAGGAUGAAAAAAAAAAGCUGCAGAAGCCCGGAAGCCCAGAGAAACCUAGCCUGGAUGCUUCAGAAAGGAGGUCUCAGCUCUCUGAAAAGGACCGAAAGAAUUCCCAGGUAUCUAGAGAGAUAACUACAGUACCAGACACCAGGGGAGAUACAGUUCUGCUGAAACAUCCUCCCGUUCGCUGUCCUGCCGAGAACAAUGGAGGCCAGCAGGAAGCUCACUUGCAGACAAAGGCAAGUCCUUUUUUCCUUUCUCCUAUUAGGUUGCUCUCUAACGACUGCAGGGGAACUGAGGCGCUAUUCUGUGGUGGAGGAAAAGGAGGGUAGGUCCUUUGUAACCAAUUUAGUAAAAGAUCUAGGUCUUGGGCAGCUGGAACUCUCCAGGAGAGGAGCUAAGGUCAUUUCUACAGGUAACAAACUACAUUUGCAGCUGGAUCAGGAGAGAGGGGAUUUGCUGUUAAAUGAGAAAGUGGACCGGGAAGAACUGUGUGGGCACACAGAGCCAUGCCUGCUAAGCUUCCAAGUGUUGCUAGACAAUCCUUUGGAUAUUUUUCAAGCUGAGCUAGAAGUCACAGACAUAAAUGACCAUUCUCCAGAAUUCCUGGACAAAGAAGUCAUGCUAAAGAUAUCAGAAAGCAGUGUUCCUGGAGCUACCUUUCCUCUGAAGAAUGCUCAGGACAUGGAUGUAGGACAAAAUGGUAUUGACAGCUAUCUGGUCAGUUCCAAUUCCUAUUUUCGAGUACUCACUCGGAAACGCAGCGAUGGCAAGAAAUACCCUGAGCUGGUACUAGACAGAGCACUGGAUAGAGAAGAGGAAGCUGAGCUCAGGUUAACCCUCACAGCACAGGAUGGCGGCUCUCCACCUAGGUCUGGAACCACCGAAGUCCACAUUGAAGUCCUGGACUUCAACGAUAAUGCCCCUCAAUUUGAGCAGCUUUUUUACAGGGUGCAGAUCCCUGAGGAUAGUCCAAUAGGCUUUCUGGUCAUCACUGUCUCUGCUACAGAUAAGGACAUUGGUGUCAAUGGAGAGAUCUCCUAUUCACUUUUCCAGGUUUCAGAUGAUAUUAGCAAAACAUUCUCAAUCCAUCCCUUGACAGGGGAAGUGCGAUUGGAAGAACACCUUGAUUUUGAAAAGACUCAGUUCUAUGAAAUCAACAUUGAGGCAAGAGACGCUGGAACCUUUUCUGGAAAAUGCACAAUUCUGACCCAAGUUAUGGAUGUGAAUGACCAUGCUCCAGAAAUUAUCCUGUCUGCAUUUACCAACUCCAUCCUUGAGAACUUACCAGAAACUAUGGUGGCAGUUUUUAGUGUUUCUGAUCUAGAUUCAGGAGAAAAUGGGAAAAUAAGUUGUUCCAUUCAAGACGAUCUACCCUUCUUCCUAAAGCCCUCUGGGGAAAACUUUUAUACGCUAUUAUCACAAAAACCACUGGACAGAGAGACUGUAGCAGAAUACAACAUCACCAUCACCGUUGCAGACAUGGGGGAUCCCAUCCUGAAAACACAAAUCAACUUAACAGUGCAGGUCUCUGACGUCAACGACAACGCCCCUGCCUUCACUCAAACCUCCUACACCAUGUUCGUCCGCGAGAACAACAGCCCCGCCCUGCACAUAGGGACCAUCAGUGCCACAGACUCAGACUCAGGCUCCAAUGCCCACAUCACCUACUCGCUGCUACCGCCCCACGACCCACAGCUGGGCCUCACCUCACUAAUCUCCAUCAACUCAGACAAUGGGCAGCUGUUCGCGCUCAGAGCGAUGGACUAUGAGACCCUGCAGGCCUUCGAGUUCCACGUGGGCGCCACGGACCGAGGCUCUCUGGCGCUCAGCAGCCAGGCACUAGUGCGGGUGGUGGUGCUGGAUGACAAUGACAAUGCGCCCUUCGUGCUCUACCCUCUGCAGAACGCUUCGGCACCCUACACGGAGCUGCUGCCCAGAGUGGCAGAGUCUGGCUACCUGGUCACCAAGAUGGUGGCUGUGGACCGCGACUCUGGCCAGAAUGCCUGGCUGUCAUUCCAGCUGCUCAAGGCCACGGAGCCUGGGCUGUUCAGCGUGUGGGCGCACAAUGGUGAGGUGCGCACCACCAGGCUGCUGAGCGAGCGCGAUGCGCCCAAGCACAGGCUGGUGCUGCUGGUCAAGGACAAUGGCGAUCCUCCGCGCUCUGCCAGUGUCACUCUGCACGUGCUAGUGGUGGAUGGCUUCUCGCAGCCCCACCUGCCUCUGCCAGAGGUGGCGCGGGAUCCUGCGCAUGAGGACAGUGAGCUCACAUUGUACCUGGUCAUUGCCUUGGCUUCUGUGUCUUUGCUCUUCCUAGUGUCUGUCCUGCUGUUUGUAGGAGUGAGGCUGUGCAGAAAGGCCAGGGAGGUCUCUCUAGGUAGCUGCUCUGUACCUGAGGGCCAUUUUCCUGGCCACCUGGUGGAUGUCAGUGGCGCGGGGACCCUGUCCCAGAGCUACCAAUAUGAGGUGUGUCUGACGGGAGACUCUGGGACUGGUGAGUUCAAAUUUCUGAAACCAAUUUUACCUAAUUUUCAAGACCAUUCUCUUAGACCAGAAAUGGGAGAAAAUCCCAACUCUAGGAACGACUGGGAUUUUGGUAUUCAGUUAAAAUAACUGCUUUUCAUCAUGGGUUUUGUCAUGAACUCAAACUACUUUUCUUGCUGUGCCCAUUACGAACUUUUAAAGCAUGCUUAAAGCUUGUGUUCAGGAUAUUCUGUCCGUGGUUUUAGGACAUUAUCUCAGCUUUUCUCCAGACUGGAAGAUGAGUGUUCUAAUCUUGUUUUUCUAAUUUGUCACUAGUUGUACAAAUCUUUUUGUUCUGGGAUGGCUUGGGAAUGUACAAGAGGAAAAAAUGGGAAAUCAGUUCAACCCAAUCAGAUGUAAUUCAGUAUGUGUUCUCUCACUUGUUGUUAAUCACUGAAUGCACACUACAUAGCAAUGCUCAAACACAAUGAGGUCUAAUCAGACAGGAGAAAUAGGGGCGUAGUGAGAGAUAUGCCUUUUGUUUUAUUUGGCCUCUAUUGGACUGUCUUUGUUGAUGUCUUCUCUUAAAAGCCUUACAUAGCCACAUGGCUUCUCAUUAGCCUGCUAUUAGUUUUCAUAUCACUAUUCUAAACUGCUUUCUACUUUGUUUGCUUGUUUGCUUAUUUUUUUGGUGGACGUUGAGGUUUCAGAAAGCUGUCCCUUAUUUAUCUAGAAAGAGCAGGGCUGUAACAUUGAGAUUUUCUUUCUUUUAAAUAUUGGCCGGUCAGAAAAACUGCAUCAGCCAAUAUUUAUUCUUUUUUCCUUCUUUGCUGUCAUUCCACAUUUCUUUCUUGCCAGUAGUGUACUUAACUAAAAUACAUAUUCACUGUCACUUUUUGGCAAAUAGAGCAGGGCAUAUGGCUAGCUUAUCGUGAGAUGUAAAAUGUGGUACCUUCCAUAGCUCUUCAGUUGAGGAUAAACUCGGGGGACCUAUGCAUACUAAGUAAGGACUGUAUCUCUGAUCUACCACUGCAAACGCUCAAUAACACUUGUAAAGGGAGAUGUCUCACCUGGAAAGGGAUUUCACCCUUUGUUCAUGCUAUGUUCUUCCUGGGAUGUUCACGGUAUGAUGAGUGCACAAAUACCCCUGUUGGCUCUGUGAUAGGAGUGAUGGGUUAAAGUAGCAAGGAAUGAACUUAAAUGAGACAGUCCCUAGCAACUCAAGAGUUGUCAUAUUAUUCCUUACAUUGCCAAUUUCCAAGCCUUUUUUAAAAAUUCAGAAAUAAAGGAAGUCCUAUAGCAUUAUGUUAGCUUUUAUGCUAUGGUCAGUUCUUAUGCUAUGAAAUCUAUUUGUGUGUUUGUAUGUGAUGUGUAUGUGUGCCUGUUGGUGCAUGUGUGCUUGCAGAUGCCCUUCUGCCUCUGUACGUUUAGGUCAGAAGCUGAUGUCUACCUUCAUUGCUCAGUUAUCUAGGCUACCCAGAGAGCUCUGUGGAAACAUUGACUAACUGGUCAUGAUUCUGGGCAAUAAAAGGAAAAGUCUGAGAUACAAUCCGAGUUUCCUGAUUCUAAUGACCCUGCUCUUAGCGAUAUGCUACACUGGCAGGCAUGCACUGGUAGCAUUAUUUUCCUAUGGAGAGAAAUCCAUUUGUCCCAUUCCAUGAAUAAAGUGACCCUGUGUAAAUGCAAUCUGUAGCUCAUAGUUUGUAUUUCUUUCUGUAGCAGUGACCACGCUGCUUAGAAAACAACCUAAAAUGCUCACAAACAUCAACAACCUAAGUAAAAUUGGAUCGUACUACAAUUGUUCUUCAUGAUGAAGAAAUCAGCCUGGUUACAUUCUUGUGUGUACUCAGUGAGUCACACGAAUUAUUGUGGAAACGAGUUGUCCUAUACGGGCAGCAGAAUCACUCUAUGGUUGCAUUUAUUGAACUUUGUAUCUGUCUCUUCCUUCAUCGUCUGUAAAUUCUAGCAUAUUAUAUACUUUGUAUGCAGUGAGCCCAUUAUUAAAGUUAAAUAUCUUAUGCUCACUUCGGCAGUGUGUGUGUGUGUGUGUGUGUGUGUCUGAAAGCGAUUGCUUUCUAGCAGAUUAGCUGAAAACUAAUUUUACAAAAACUACAAGCAGUGUUCUGGAUGAAUUUUCACAUUUAAAUAACUGAGAAUUUCUGUAGCGAAUGAUGUUUCAAAUUACUUUCUGUUACAGUUAACCUUAUAGCUUUGGCAAAAUAAUGCCCACUUAUGCCUUCAUUUAAAUAAUGCUAUAAAACAGCAGAGGGCCGUACAUGACUUUUAAAAAGGAAUGACUCAGCAGAACUGAAUGAGGAAAUUCUUUAGUACUUAAAGUAUUAAUACUAUUCAUAUAGAAUCUAUCAGUUUUUCAUGUUUCAAUACAAUAAUCCAUAUUUAUGUCCUGUUUUGUUUCUCUAUUGCUGUCACAAAAAUUCACAAGUUGCUUAAAACAAUAAAAAUGUAUUAGCCUAUAGUUUUGUAAAUAAAAAGGCCAAUAAGUGUCUAAUUGAACUAACGACAGGAGUCUGUGGGGCACAUUGCGUUCUGGAGACUUUAUAGAGCAUAUUUUGUCUUUUCCAUCUGAUGCUGCCCACAGUACGUGGCACAUGGCGCCUGCAACGUCACAGCUUGUAACAUUGUUCCUGUGACCACGUCCUCUGACCCGGUAUGAAAAUAUUCUUUGAAUAAAAGUCCGUUAUCCAAA